CGUACGAAGCAGAAGUCAUCAUGAAGUACAUUUUGUGGAAAAUAUAUAUACAUUUGCAAUUUGUUUAAUAAGCUGAAAUAUUAACAGAUUGGUCAACCUAGAACAGGGGAGAAAAAAUUGUUUAAUUAUUAAUCAUUUAAUAUUUAAAUCAAAGUGUGUUACUCCGACAUUGUUUGUGUGUUUUGAGCAUUAUAUUUUACCAAAAAUUGUGUUAGAAAAAUUAAUUACAAUGGAUAUACCAUUAUCGAUGUUGUUGUUGCUCAGCCUUGUAUUUACCGUCAUAGGAGGUGUUUUAGUUCUUUUGUUGCAAUAUUAUCUUUAUUUACGAUUUUCUGUACUACCUGAAGAGAGUGCGGAACAAAAGGAUAUCAACACGAAAUACUCGCUGCCAACGACAAUUCAGCAAACUGCACAUGCCAUAAAUCUAUCGCCGCCUACAUCUUCGUUGCCCGGACACACGCAUACUGUAGGUGCUGCCGAAGCAGCUCCAUUAAUGUCAAUUAACUUUGUGAUGCAAUUCCUUUUCCAUGAACUGAAAAACUCCAGUCGCGUGCGGAAAUGGUUCUACCGCAAAUUGUCGUUAGAGCUUGAUGAACUAUUGGCCAAAACUACAACCGGCAAAUUGUUUGAUAAGUUGACGAUAAAAGAACUGGAGCUUGGUGAUCAAUUUCCUGAGAUUAGAACAUUACGCGUACACAGCAUUGAACUGAACGAUACCGGCGAUCGUAUUGAGAAUCUCGAUAUAUUACUUGAAAUUCAUUAUACCGGAAAUUUUCGAACAUCCAUCGAUGCCGAUAUGGUACUAGGUAAAAAGGGAUCCCUCACCUUAAUCGUAAAACAAUUGUCUGGCUUGGCGCGACUACAAUUUACCCGUGAGCCGUACACGCACUGGUCGCUGAGCUUUCUGGGUGAUCCAGAACUUGAUUUGGCGAUCGAAUCCAAAUAUCAGGGUCGUCAAAUGCAAUCGAACAUCACCAGUCUGAUUUCUAACCAAAUACGGAAAGCGGUGCGACGCAAGCACACGCUUCCAAAUUAUAAACUACGUUAUAAGCCAUUUUUCCACAAAACACCAGAGGAAGAUGCUGAUGGAGACAUACAACCGAAUGGGACACUAGAGGUUAAAAUGUCCGAAAUAUCGCGACUCAUGUGUCCGGAAGUUGUAACAGAGGUCUACUGUACACUGACUUUAGCCUCGCUCGCAUUUGUCGAGAUACGUCAGAAAGAUAAUCGCAAUGUAAUAGUUUUGAUUGACAUUGAAAUACAUAAGGCAAAGAAUCAACAGAUCGGCAUACUAUUUAAGCAAAAUACUGAGCAAUGCGUGGAAAUUGAAGCAGUUUUGCCCAACACUCCCGCAUGCAAAUCCGACCUACGUCCAGGUGACAUGUUAAUUGCAAUUGAAGGCAAACGAGUGCAGUCUAUCCAACAAGUGGCGAAGAUAUUCAAAAGUUUGCAAACUUCAGCCUACCGCUUGCGUAUCGAGCGUGUUAUUCCCGGUAUCAUAAGAAAUGAUGCAAUUUUGGAGGAUCUCGAAUUAUAUGAAGAUUUGGGCGAUGCCCAUACAGGCUAUAGUGUGUGCAAGACUCCAACUGAGACCAAUGAGUUGGGCGGUAGACAAGCAUCUAUCCGUCAAAUUACAGGUGACAAAGGUUCUUCCAGCGAGUCUAGCCUUGGUAAUACUCCAACUAAUUCACCAAAGAAAAGUAAACUUAUAACGAAAGCAUUGAAAAAGACCAUCAGCCGUGAGCUCAAUGAGCAGAACAAGGAUAAAGAUGAAGAACUUAAGAACUUGAAAGGCAAACAGUCAUUAAAAACGGAGGAUAAGACGAAGGGUUCGCCAAAGGUUUUGAUUGACACCGUAGGUGAAGUGGAGCAUUAUUAUCAGCACUCAACCGUAGAUCGCAGCAUAAAUCGUCUGAUACAUAUGGAUGAUUUGAGCUGCUUCAAAUUGGAAGCAAAGUCGCGUUAUCUGAAUGUGGGCGUGUAUUCAAAAAGUGCUGGCGACGGUAUAUUAUUGGGCUUUGUAAACAUACCAGUGGGUCAGAUUUUAGCUGAGUGUUGCGAAACAAGUUUGGUGCAGUGCUGGAAGAAAUAUGAACUAAGUCCACCAAUUCCACAAGAUUUGAAGACGCAUAAGCUUUCCAGCCAAUCUGGUUUUAUACCUGAUUUGUGUUUUGGCGAUGUGCUUUUGGCUUUUACCUGGGAAGGUAACCCAAAUCUGCAACCCAGCGAGCCACCAACCAAACAAGUUUACAAGUCUAAGAGCAAAAAUAACGCUGAUGAAAAAGUUGAUAACGAUAGUGGUGUUUUUGACACAAAUUCGUUGCGGACCACGCCAAGUUCCAGUUCACUUACAUCGACUAACCAAACGACUUCGAAUCAGUUGCGUUCGCACAGCUUUGUGCGCACCCACUUUCAACGUGCAACUCAGUGCGAUUUUUGUGGCAAAAAAAUUUGGCUGAAAGAUGCGGUCCAAUGCAGUGAGUGCGCCAUGUGUUGCCACAAGAAAUGUAUAACGAAAUGCCAGAAUGCGACAGUUUGUGGUCCUGUUGAUUGCUCCAAUGUGCUGCGACAACCGUCCAUCACUAGCACAACUCCAGAGUUCACUGUUACCGAUGCAGACACUUGCGACGCUUCUGAAGGUGAAGAGGCCAUGCCGUCAAUAUCAGGCGAAGAGACGGCAGAAGCAGUUUCCAUUAAAUCGCCACCAACGCCAGUCCUUGAGGUUCAUCGUUCAAGUCUGACAGGUCUAUUAGCACAAGGAAUAAAGCGGGUCAAUUCGGCGAAUAAUCUCGCCAUACCUGGCAUUGUGUCCUCAUUGGCUGGUAGUAGUGGUGGUGGAUCAAGUGCUAAUUUAGCCACAAUGGCGAAAAGCUUGCCGCCCAGUCCACAAAGAUCGCCAUCUCGCAAAUCCUCGCUGGUUUGUAGUCCUUUUACUACAUUCGAUGUGGUUACAAAACAUUUGGAAGCUAUACCAUCAGAAGUAACAGCUUUGAGCAUCGAACAGAUCAACUCAAUUAGUGAGCCAAUAAUCGGCAUCCUUAAAGAUGAAGACGUCAUGACUUUAGCUAAAAAUGCCAGCAAGAAUCUUUACAGCGAAUUGCCAGCUUCUGAACGCAUUGAACAAAUCAACUCGCUGCUUAGCAAACUACGGUUGGCUUUAGACAGCGAAACGGCUCUUUAUUCUAGCUUGGCAUCUGGCGACACAUCGAAGCGGGAUAACAUUGACGCGAGUAGUGCAACACUGGGAAAAUCGGAGGACCGUGUCCAAGCGCUCAGUGUAAUCAUGUUAUAUCUGUGUACUGGGCUUCAACAUGCCCAGGGUUUCGAACUACGUUGAAAAGAAUCAAAAUUUUACUUAUACAAAACAAAAAUAAAAUUAGAAUAAGUGUAGAAAAUUUUUGGGAACUCAUAGAAAUGUUGACCUGAAGGCUGAAGUAUUAAUAGUGGAAUUUUAAUGUAGCGCUAAAAUAUAAUACCCCCAAUUAAACUUUUCGACAGUUUAAAAUAGCAAAAUAUAUGGAUAUAUACUCAUAUAUAUUUUAUGUCUGUACAAGAACGUCUUUCAACGCAUGUUCUACCUAAAUCUCACGUUCAUGGACAUGUAAUGUAGUUUGAACGACCUAACCGUUUUUUAUGAGUAAAAGUUGUUUAAAUAUCAGAAAAUUUUUAAUAUACUUAUUUACAUAUAUGUACAUACAUAUGUGUAUGCAGGUAUAAAAAUCGAACUUGGCCAGAAUGUCUGUACACACUUAUUUAUUCGUAUGUAGUCGCAAUUAUUGUAUGUAGAAGCUGCUAUAUUUCGAUGUAACAUAACUUAAGUCUGCUUUUUAUAAGAUAAUACUGUAUUUUUAUCAUAUGCGACACUUUUACUGCUCCGCCCCAUACAAGUGUUAAUAUUAACUCUCCAAUUCAAUUGAUCACGUCUAUCAAACGCGCCUAAAAAAUGCUUUUACUCUAAAUAUUUUUAAGCGCAAUUUUGUAUUAUUUCCUACAUCCCCUCAUUUACUCCGCAAAAUUCAUUCUGAAUGUCAACCCUGGAAAGCGCUUUAUACUCCUUGAACUAUACGGACAAAAGCUAGAAACCUGUUGCUUAAGCUCUUGAUCCUUGGGAAAUUACUACAGAUAUGCAAGAUUUGAUUGGCAAUUUCAGGCAAUUCCUUGAAGUUUUACAUAUACUCGUAUGUUUUUCAGUAACAUUCAAUUCAGUAAAACAAAAACAAAAUAAGUAAGGAAGCGCGAAGUUCGGGUGCAACCGAACAUUUUAUACUUUUGCAACUUUCAAGAUUCAAAGCCAAAAGUUAUAAAAACGGAAAUCAUUACACAUAGUAUGUUGUAAAUGGCAGUUAGUGGUGGUAGCCCACCCGAUUUUAUCUAUUUUUGCAAAUACUAAUAAAAUGUUCCCUGAGAUUCACUAAGGUACCUCACAUACAAUCGCCAGACAGAGUAAAGUCACCAGGAUGUAAUAUGAUUGUUAUAUGGUGACAUGCGCUAAAGGCAAUUUCAUAGUCAUGAAAAUGGAAAGGACAGUAAAACAGGCAAAGAAAUCUCUAAAGUCAGUUCUAUGAGCAUUUGAUAUUCACUUGCUGAUAGCUUGCAUAAUGUGAAAUUUUGAUUUCUGUAACCAAAGAGCGUUAAUGAGUUCUUUAAGUGAAAGGUGUAGGUGUAGGUAAUUUACUAUCGCCUAAAAGUAUGCAUUUAAGGUGCGUUGUAGAGUUUAUAUUAUGCUUGUAGUCUCCAAAAAAGCUAUUUAAGCUUGAAACAAGUUCCAUAACUGCUUGUUUGUUUAUUUUUUUCAUGAACAAAAAACUUUAAUAUUGUCAAUUAAAUAAUCUGCAAUUUUAUCGAAAUAGAAACAUGGCGAUGCAAAGUAAAUAUCUGAGGUAUACAUCUUGUCGCAUUGCCAACAGUAAAAAGUUUUAUUUUCGCAUUUUUACAUUAACACCAAAAAAUAAAUAUCAACGCUUCUUAAAACGCUGUUUUUGCUUAAUAGCCUCUGCGGCUCUAUUUAAAUGCAUUUUUAUUUGUGUGUAUGCAUUACCAGGUAUUGCUAACUAUAAACAGUAAAAUGAACAAUAAGAGAGAGUUGUGUUUUUAUUCAGUAUUUACGAAUAAGAUAUCUAAAAACUAUAUAGGUUACUAAUAAAGUUCUGCGGAAACAUAAUAACUGCAUUGUUAAAGGGCACAUGUUUUACUUUAUUGUUAAAUUUUAAAGACUUGUCAGCUUAUAAACGAUUUUUAACAAAAAUAAAUAUUAUUGCUAGAUUGUCAAUA